AAACCCGAAUUUGACCCAUCAUCUUCUCCGUCAAAAUACUCAAUCUCACUAGACUUCCUCCGGCAGCACCUCGCUGGAAAAGACCACCGGCAGGUCGACGAGGAGACGCGCCGCCCCAUCAUCACGCUCGCCGGCGAUGCCUCCGUGAAGCGCGGCUACGUCUUCUUCUCAGAGGUCCAAUUCAUCCCUGCCGAGGGGCUUUGGAAAAUCGACGCGCUGUGGCGGCAGCACAGCAACGGAAAGUUCGGUUACAACGUGCAGCGGAGGAUCUGGAAGAAAUUGAAUGGGGAUUUCACGGCGUUCUUCAUCAAGGUGGGGUGGAUGAAGAAGCUAGAGAGCUCGGAGGUAGAGCAGUACAAUUACAGGAGCUUUCCGGUGGAGUUUAUGUGGGAGAUGGAGGAGGGGCCGCCGGAGGGGAAUCUGCCGCUGACGAAUGCGUUGAGAGGGACGCAGCUGCUCAGCUGGAUUCUCAGCCACCCGGCUUUUGACGGAGAUCGUUAA